ACCUCCGUAGCUCGCGAGAGGCUCGCCAGCAUCUGCUGCGCCAUCGACAUCAGCUCUCGGCACGUCACUCUUGACACUAGCGGUUCCUGAGAAGCUGGCAUAGCAGAGAGCAUCGUUGCCCAGCAUGAGUGGUUUCCGCUUUCUGUCGCUUGUGCGACCUUUCAUGUCGAUCUUGCCCGAGGUAUCAGCUCCAGAGCGCAAGGUACCAUUUCAGUCUCGUAUAGCGUGGACAGCUAUUGUCUUGGGAAUCUUCUUGGUCUCUUCCCAAAUUCCGCUUUACGGUAUCAUGUCAUCUGAUUCUUCGGAUCCGCUCUACUGGAUGCGUGUCAUUCUCGCCUCCAACAGAGGUACACUCAUGGAACUUGGCAUCUCACCCAUCGUCACGAGUGGUAUGAUCAUGCAGCUCUUGGCUGGUGCCAACUUGGUCGAGGUAGACUUCAGUCUCAAGGAAGAUCGCGCUCUUUUCGGCGGUGCUCAGAAGCUCUUUGCAAUGAUUAUCUCGCUUGGCCAAGCAACCGUGUACGUGCUGACGGGGCUGUAUGGCCAACCGGCGGACCUGGGAGCAGGUGUCUGCCUUUUGCUCAUCUUGCAGCUCGUUGUAGCCGGCCUAAUCGUCAUCCUCCUUGACGAGCUCUUGCAAAAAGGCUAUGGUCUGGGCUCUGGUAUCUCUCUUUUCAUCGCAACAAACAUUUGCGAGUCGAUUGUUUGGAAAGCCUUUUCACCCACUACCAUCAACACUGGGCGUGGUCCCGAAUUCGAGGGUGCUUUGGUCGCACUCUUCCACCUGCUCUUCACUUGGAACGAUAAGACUCGGGCACUCAAAGAGGCUUUCUAUCGCGAACGUCUUCCAAACGUCAUGAAUCUGGUGGCCACUCUGGUCGUCUUCUUGGUCGUGAUCUACCUCCAAGGUUUCCGCAUCGAAAUUCCAGUCAAGUCCAACCGAUUUAGAGGUCAAAGAGGAACGUACCCAGUGAAGCUCUUCUACACUUCCAACAUGCCCAUCAUGUUGGAGAGCGCGCUGACGUCCAACGUCUUCAUCAUCUCUCAAAUGCUCUUUUCCCGCUUUCCCAAGAAUUUGGGGGUGAAAUUGUUGGGAACUUGGGAACCCAUGGAAGAUUCACCUCAGCUGCACGCCAUCAGCGGUAUCUCUUACUACAUGUCUCCACCACACACCUUCAAGGAAGUCGUUGGAGAUCCUGUCCACACUGCGGUCUACAUCAUCUUUACCUGCACCGCUUGCGCCCUAUUUAGCAAAGCUUGGAUUGAAGUCAGCGGAAGUGGACCUAGAGAAGUCGCUAAGCAGCUCAAGGAGGCUCAAAUGGUCAUGGCUGGACACCGAGAGGGCGGUAUGUACAAGGAAUUGAAGCGCGUCAUUCCCAGCGCUGCUAUGCUCGGAGGCGCUACGAUUGGUGCUCUCUCCGUCGCUGCAGACCUCAUCGGAGCAUUCGGUAGCGGUACUGGAGUUCUCCUCGCAAGCACCACAAUCUUUGUGAGUCGAGCGAGACAGGCUGUCGUUGCGAUAUACCACUGAUCCAACUGUGCCACACUUUGCACUCGCCCGCACCUCGCAGUCUUACUUUGAGCUGGGUAUGCGCGAGAUGGGAGGAGCAGAAAUGGGCGCGAUGGGAGAUCUCAUUGGCUAAAUGUCUUGGUCUUUCGAUGGCCGCGGCGCCAAGCGGAGCUCAUUGUGUGCUGUCCUUGGGUAGGGACAGAAAGGGAAGGCAGAGCCUGCGCGAGGCUCUGCAGCACGUGAGGAGGUGCAUUGCGGUGUCAAUGAGCAGGUCGACGUCGCAGACCAAGAAGCCUAAGAGUCACUUGUAUUCAAGGGUGUCUCCCAAAGCUGCGGGCAAUUGU